CUGCUUGCCCCGGAGCCUGUGCCAAGUGCCAAUAGAAUAUUCAUGUAAAGUGAUAGGCGUGCCCUGCAGCCAUGGCGGAACUUUACAGCGCGUCCUGCUGUACACACACUCAGCCGCCUGCCAGCAGCGGGACUGCACUCAUACUCUAGACAGCACCGGAUUUAACACCCGUUCAAAGGGACGGACACAAAAACAGCAGGGGAGUUAAAAAAAACUGGAAAUUGCCGAGUCGACACUGCUUAUUUUUUAUUGUUACAUUAACAAGCUAAAAGACUCAGGAAUUUAGAAAUGCAACUAAACCAGGCUAGAACAGAGUAAAGACUUUUUGGAUAUUCGGGCUUGUUGUUAUUCCGAGUUCUCCUGUACAAUAAACACACACUGUUAUAGCAAGCUCUUGAGUUGGCGAGUUCUCCACGCGCAGCACUACCGCGCGCUCCUCUGCUCUUACUCUCUCUCUCUCUCUCUCUCUCUCUCUCGUACGCGCACUUGCUUCGCCGUGAUGGCUGAGGAGGACGGCGGCAUGGCGAGUCCCGCGGAGUGCAGCGUUCCGAGCAGCAGCGGCUUCAGCGUACUCAGCUGGGAGCAGGUGCAGAGACUGGACAACAUACUGACUGAGACCAUCCCGAUCCACGGCCGGGGAAACUUCCCCACUCUGGAGAUGCAGCCGCGGCAGAUCGUGAAGGCGGUGCGGAGUCGCCUGGAGCAGAGCGCGAUCCGAGUGCGCGACGUGCGCCUCAACGGCUCAGCGGCCAGCCACGUGCUGCACGAGGACAGCGGGCUCGGCUAUAAGGACCUGGACCUGAUCUUCUGCGCCGAACUGAAGGGCGAGAGCGAGUUCCAAACGGUCAAGGACAUAGUGCUGGACUGUCUGCUGGACUUCCUACCCGACGGAGUCAACAAGGAGAAAAUUACCCCCUUGACCUUAAAGGAAGCUUAUGUUCAGAAGAUGGUGAAAGUAUGCAAUGACUCGGACCGCUGGAGCCUCAUCUCACUCUCUAACAACAGAGGCAAGAAUGUGGAGCUCAAGUUUGUCGACUCGUUGCGACGGCAGUUUGAGUUUAGCGUGGACUCAUUUCAGAUCAAGCUAGACUCUCUGCUUCUGUUUUAUGAAUGUUCUGAGAACCCAAUGUCCAAAACAUUCCACCCGACCGUAAUUGGUGAGAGUGUAUACGGAGACUUCAGCAUGGCCCUGGAGCACCUGCGUAACAAGCUGAUCUGCACAAGGAACCCAGAGGAGAUCCGUGGUGGUGGCCUGCUCAAGUACUGCCAUCUACUGGUGAGGGGCUUCCGAGCGGACUCUGAAAGCGAGAUGAAGUCUCUGCAACGCUAUAUGUGCUCACGCUUCUUCAUUGACUUCCCUGAUAUUAACGAGCAGCAGCGCAAACUGGAAUCCUACCUCCAGAACCAUUUUGUAGGCUUGGAGGAUCGCAAAUAUGACUAUCUGAUGACUCUGCAUGGGGUGGUAAAUGAAAGCACGGUGUGCCUAAUGGGACACGAGAGGCGGCAGACGUUAGGGCUCAUCGCCAUGCUGGCUGUUCGUGUGCUGGCUGAGCAGAACGUCAUACCCAAUGUAGCAAACGUCACUUGCUACUACCAGCCUGCCCCUUAUGUAGCCGAUGCCAACUUCAGCAAUUACUAUAUUGCCCAGGUGCAGCCAGUGUUUGCUUGCCAGCAACACACUUACUCAACUUGGCUACCCUGCAACUAAGAAUGUGGUGAAAUUGAGAAAAAGAGGAAGAAAAAAAGGUUGUGUUUUCAUACAGAAGCCAAAUCAGUUUUGCAAAUUUGUCCAGAGCAUUUGAGAGAAUUCCAAGCAAAAUGAUUAUGUGCAUUCCUGCUUUGAAUGAAAAGCCCCAUGAUUUUCACAGUGCAUAUUAAGGCAAAAUUUGCAUUACAAGGGUGAAUAAGUCAGCUGACAAUAUUCUUUUUCUGAUUAUAGUUUCAACAAUCUUUGCUAACUGAUGUCAGGAGAGUUUUUUGUGGCCCUACAAUGCCCAUCCUGGAAGGAUCUAAGAAAGAAUUCAACCGAUGGACAGUUAUUAAAGACCUGGCAUCAGACUGGCUGACAUAGACCAAAGACUGGCUUCAUUAAUGCUGUCUUUUGGAAAGCUCCCAUGCUGACCAUACGGGUGCAGCAGUCUUUCCUCAUGUCGUCUGUGUAUACAAGUACAGAGGACAAAAAAUAAAGCGCAGGAGUCUUCUUUAUGCUCCUACUUUUGAUCUGACACAAAAAGGUGAGGGGACAACUUAUUAAAAAUGGCAAAAAAGUCUUAAAAAGGUCAUAUUCUUGAUAAAUGUUUACAAAACCAAAGAUUUUAUGAUUGUCUCUUUUUAUUGCCCAGAUUUGAAGGUAGUUCUGUCUAUAUUUGUAUAUGUGAAAAAUUAAUUUCAAGUGCCUAUUGCAGAAUGUUAAAGGAACUACGCUGAGCAUUCUGCUCUUGUGAAUAAUAAUAAUAAAAAGUCCAUGAUCAUAACAAAGGGACUCAAAGAUUGUGAAUGUAUGGCUGAUUAGCAUGUAAUUUCUAGUAGAAGGUCAAUAUGGCAUCAGCAUUGCAGUUGGAAAAAAUAUAUGUAUUUUUUACAUAUAACAAAAGAGAGAUUAAUAUAGAACCUCUCGAUAUUUGUGGUGCUCUAUUUUUGAAACACUGCGUUAAAGCUGAAGAAAAUUAGUUAGCCACAUUAUCUAUCUUUUUAAUUUAUUGUUGCUUGUAACGAGCAGGAGUCAAACUAAAAUGACUCCCUUAACACACUUGUUACUGUAUGUGUCAAUUAACAAGGUUAGGUUUUUUUCAGAUUUUUCAUUGCUUAAGCUCUGUAAGUUAGGCGAAAUGCAGCAUGCCCUGAGGUUGUACAUUUUGGUUUCUCAACGACGAUCUCUCUGUCGACUGGUUAAUAACAGUCAAGGGGACAAAAAGGUGAGAGAGGAAAGUCAAAAGCAUGGUGCACUAGAAAACAAAGAGCCAUGUUAUUUAAAAGAGAGAGGAGAGAGUGUUUCCCUGCUGCCAUGAGGGAACAUAUUUGUUGAGGCACUUCUGAAGGUGGGACAGUAUUUGAUGUAACACCCUAGCAGGGAAUUCCUCAGUAGCCGCUGAAGGGCUGAAACUAAAACCGACUGCGUUCAUGCUUCCUUGCUCGGGUUCACUGUUCUGUGUGCUCAGUGUUAGCCCAGCAUUCAGCACAUGCAAGCAGAGCGUAACCCGUUCUUGAUUAAUAGCGACAAGAGGAAGCAUGUCUGGACGGCAGAGAUAUGUAAACCUGAGAUGGAGAAGGCAGGGAAUGAGAGAAUGUGUGAAAGAGUGCAUGGGAGAGCCGAGGAGGCGCGGGAGAGGGAGUGAGAGCUGGGGAGAUGGGUGCAGCUGGUGAAGGGGUUCAUCUCCUUCUGCAUAUCAUUUUUAAUCAGAAACGCCUGUUAAGGCUCAAAAUCAUGUUGCUUUAAGCCACAGAGAGUUAAAGAGAAAUAAACAGGAACAAAGUUGACCCAAUAUACUUAAAUAUAGUAUAUUUAUGUGUAGCACAAAAAUACUUUAUUCAUACCAGCAUUUGAAAACCAAGUGAUACACAGUGAUGUGUGUCCUUUAAUACUCCUUACAGAAAAAGGCAGUGAAACAUUUAACAGAAUUUAGUUUGGGUAAAUAAGACAGCAAGUGAUUUGAUAUUCUUUCCUGUCUUCUCUGUUUCGCCAGGUUUUGAUUUGUCAGGUUAGUUAUGUACAGCAGCACAGUGCAGUGGUGUUGAGAGGUGCCUGUGCAUAGAUUAUGAUGUGUGUCUCCUGCUAAAUUAAGCAGAUUCUUAAGUAUUCUAUAUUUUUCUAUUCUGCUAUUUUAUAUGCUCAUGUUCUUAUUUGUCAUUUUUGUGAUUUACAUACAACCUUGCUGUUUCUUAAAUAAUGUUAGAGUCACAUUUGUUGCUGAAGUCCUGUUGAUGACGCACACAGCAAAAAUUUACAUCUGCCCAAUGAAUGCUAUGAGCUUAGUAUUGCUUAGCUGGCAGCAUAGAUAAAUGAAUUCAUUUAAAUAAUAAAUAAAUAAAUAAAUUAAUUAAAGCAAAAAGCAGGCCAUCCCCUGUUGCCUAGUGUUCUAAAUGUUAAAAAAGACAUUUUGUUUUCUCUUUGUUUUCUCAGUUUUUAUCAUGUUUGAUUUGAUUCUAUGUAUUGUACAUCAUAAUUGUCAAUCCGCUUUGAAAUGUGUGAUCAAGCUGCUAAAUGUAUGAUUUAUUUUUUUCUAAUGCUCUUUUGCAAAUGUUGUUGAUGUGUCCAAUGGGUCGAAACAUUUAAAGGAUUUUUUUUCUCAAUAAA